AUGGCACAGGAGUGCAGAAACCUGCAGAAGAGCUUUCGCACCAGAAAGCGUCAAGUGCUGCGUAUUGAGGAUGUGGUCGUGCAAACCUGUAUCAUCCUUCUCGUGGUCGUUGUCGCUGAUAGUAUUUGCACCCUCUGCACAAGAAAGCGAAAGCAUACAACGACGCAAAGCGGCUUCGCGAGCAGCUCCGAUAGACCACACAGCUUCGGCAUUGUCAUCACUUCCUUCAUGGUACAAAUCACAUGGCCGAUAUCUAUUCUAGAGGCAGUGAGAAACGCUGAAAUGUAUGGACUCGUCGGUUGCAUAUUCGUAUCGGCCAAUGGCACGCUGGUCUGCACCAUCUUUGCGUUGCUGCUCUUGGAAUUGCGCACCAAAGCACCAGGAGCCCAAACCAUUGCCCAAUUUGUAGGCCAUCGGUUUGGAAGAGUUGCCCACAUUCUCACCAUUGCCAUUAACAUCCUUACUGGUCUCUAUACCCUCACCAUCAACGUUACGGUGGCGCGACGCAGAAGCUACAGCCUCACCCUCUACAUCAUCCUUAUUACCAUCCUCCUCAUGUGCGCCUCUCUCUUAUUCAUUGUGCUCAACGUGCCCGCCUACUCACCUCUUGGUAGUGUGAACAGCCUUUACAAAUUACUGGUGUGCUACAACAAGUCAGUCUAUGGAAUAAGAGACUCCAAGAUUGGCGGAUUCGACGUCGAAAUAGUGAGCGAUAAUCUUGCUAACUUUAUCCAUCGCUUGGUGCGAGUGCUGUUUGAUCAGACCCUAUGGGAGACUUCAAUUAAUUUGCCGCCAAACCAUGGGGUGCUUGGUCUUCUUUUGGCCAGCAUCAUGGCCUUUUGCAUUCCUUUUGCGCUUGGUGUCGUCUGUGGUUUGGGUUUUCGAGCAUUGGAGUCAGCAUUCUCCAAUGCAGCUCUACUUAAUGAGACGCAAAAGGCAUCUGGUCUUGUUAUAUUUGCAAUUCCGAUCCACCUGCUGAACAAAACCGGCAUCCGCAUCAUUUUUAUUGUGAUUCUCCUACUCCUCGUGACCUCGUGCAUGUUCAGCAUUGCCGGCGCUUCAUCAAUCCUGUACCACGAUGUCCUCAUGACGUACAUUCGACCCUUCAAGAGGCAGGUAGACAGGGCAACGUGUCUACUCUGUGGCAAGCGACGUGGUCAUCUUGCAAGUCGACGCAACAUCUGCCGCUGUCGCAGCAUGCUCGAAUGUGCGGCAUGUCAUACUGACACCUGGAUCAAGGAGGAAUGCAGCAACAGACCAGCCACGACGCUGGUGUACGGCUGCCAAACACAUGGUGCGUACCGCGCCUACACGGACGAGAUGUCAAAGAGAGUGCUGCACAUUUCCUUCACUGUGUUGGCGGGAACAAUACCAAUCUUCAUUAUCUUUUCUGAAAUGGCCAAUGAGGCCACCGAAUUAGUGCAUGAAAAGGACAAUGUAUUACGACAGACGGAUAUGAAAAAGGGCAGACAGAUAAGCAGACAGAGAGAUGUGGCGAAGGGCGAACAUAGACGAGAGGAAUUUGCGAGGAUCAAAGAGGAAUGCAGUAGUAGACCAGCCACGACACUGGUGUACGGCUGCCAAACACAUGGUGCAUACCGCGCCUACACGGACGAGAUGUCAAAAAGAGUGUUGCACAUCUCCUUCACUGUGUUAGCGGGAACGAUACCAAUCUUCAUUAUCUUUUCUGAAAUGACGGUGGCGAAUUUCGUAUACUUUGGUCUCUGCACGCCGUUCGUGGGAUGCAUUUGUCUCAGCAUUCUCUGGGCGCGUCUCUCAAGAGCCGCACUUCUAAUUGGCUACUUUGUUAGUGCAGGGGCAUCACUCAUCCUCUGGCUUGUGCUCGACAACGCUACUUCACUAGGAAGGACAAUUACUAAGGUAGAAGUGCUGCACCAUUCGUGUGGGAACUCUUGUUUCAUUACUUCCAUUUUAUGUUUUCGACGUCAACAACAACAACAACAACAACCACAACAACCAGAGACCAAGCAGAUUCGGCUGAUAGGGAUGAAUGUGGCACUAUUGGGUGGCUUCCUGCUACCUGCACUACUCACUCUGCUGCUCACCAAGCCCCUAUCACCCAAGGUAGCCCGUGGUGUGUGGAGCUGUGUACAGGAGAUCGACAAUCCCCUGGUCCCCUGGCCUGAGGUCUACACUAGCAUUUAUGCAACACAGUACUAUUUCAACGAAAAGGGGUCAACAGAACUGAUGAUGACUUUUCUUAACGUUUCCAUCAUCCCAUACUCACAUCCGACUGGCAACAUUGGUCUGGUGGCCAGGCAAACAGAUCUACGCUUUUCCCCACGUCUAAGCGAGAAGAAACCCGCCUUGUCAGAGGUGCGCAGAGCUCUGGCCUCACUGCGUCGCCUGACCUGGGGCAUCGUCGUAUUUAAUAUUAUCGUAUUUCUCGGUCUCUGGCAGAUACUCGGACCUGCCAUGCGGACACUCGACUUCAACCGCUUCGUUUUCUACAUUCACUUACAUUGCGGGAAGACGUCACUAUUUAAUAGUAGAUCAACAGAAAUUGGUCGUCUAGACUCCACCGUGGAAGGACACAUCAACAAUAGGCGCCAACGCACAGGAAGCAUCAACGUUCUUACUGCUUUCAGGAUGUGA